AUAAAAGUCGAUUAAACUUAAACUGGAUGAACAUUGCAUGUCGACAAGCGCCGCCUCGUGCCUCCUCUUCCUUCAGUCAUGCUCCUCCAUCCGCCAGCUCCUCCAAAUCCACGCUCACAUGCUCCGCCGCCGCUUCCUCGACGACCCCUUCGCCACCACUGAGCUCCUCCGCUCCUCCCUCGCCUUCCCCUUCGCCGGCACCCUCUACGCCCGCAAGCUGCUUGCCCAAAUUCCCCACCCGACCACCUUCGCCUGGAACUCCCUCCUCGCCGCCUUGGCUGCUUCCCCCUCCCCCGCCUCCUCCCUCUCCUUCUUCCGCUGCAUGCUCUCUUCCGGCGCCAUCCCCAACGCCCACACCUUCCCUCCCCUCGUCAAGGCCUGCGCUCGCCUCUCCGACCUCACGGCGGGCGAUCAGCUCCACGGCCUCAUGAUCAAGUGUGCAGCUGAACACGAUGUCUACUGCACCAAUGGGUUGAUCCAUAUGUACUCUGCGUGCCGGAUGGUCGACCUGGGUCGACGGGUGUUCGAUACUUGCACGGAGCACGAUGCUGCCUCGUGGAACUGCUUGAUCUCGGGAUACGUCAAUUGUGGGCUGCUCGAUCAUGCACGAGUCGUGUUCGACGAUAUGCCCCAACGGGGCAUAAUCUCCUGGAACGCCAUGAUUCAUGGUUAUGCAAAGUCUGGUGACAUCACUUCUGCAAGGCAACUGUUCGAUGAGAUGCCCGAACGAAACGUAGAUUCUUGGAAUACUCUGAUAUCUGCCUAUGGGAGAUGUCGUCGGCUGGACAUGUCCCAGAAAUUGUUCGACGAAAUGCCCUCUAGGAAUGCUGUAUCUUGGAGUGCGAUGAUCACUGCUUAUGCUCAAGGAGAUUGCCCCGCUGAGGCAUUGGCUCUGUUUGAAAGGAUGAGGAGAUUGGAUGUGAUGCCAAAUUGUGCCACAAUAGUGAGCUUGCUCUCUGCAUGCUCACAGAUGGGAGCUCUUGAGCAAGGUAGAUUAAUUCAUAGUUACAUAGCGAGAAACAAGAUGAAUGUGGACUCAAUAAUUGGAACCACACUCAUAGACAUGUACGCUAAAUGUGGAUGCGUGGAUAGUGCAGUUGAAGUUUUCGAUGCAUUAGUGCCAAAGGAUGUAUUCUCAUGGACAGCGAUGAUUGGAGGGUUUGCAGUGAAUGGGUAUGCUGCCCAGGCCUUGGAACUAUUUGACCAGAUGGAGAUGGAAGGCGUAAAACCUAAUGAGGUUACAUUUGUUGCUGUUCUAUGUGCUUGUAGUCAUGGUGGGUUAGUGGAGCAAGCGAGGUACUUGUUCGAUUCCAUGAGGAUGGUCCAUGGACUCAAACCACAAAUUGAGCACUAUGCUUGUAUGGUCGAUGUGUUGGGGAGAGCUGGACUCUUGGAGGAGGCUAUUUCACUCGUGCAGUCCAUGCCACAUUACAAAGCCGUGCUGUGGGAAGCUCUCUUUGGUGCUUGCUUGAUCCAUGGCAAUGCUGAAAUGGGGCAACAUAUAGUCGAUCGGCUAAUUGAACUCGGGCUUGAUGAUGGUGGUGUCUAUGUCCUCUUGGCAAACAUCUAUGCUAUGAAUGGGAUGUGGAAUGAUGCAAUAAGGACGCGCAUGAAAAUAAAGUCCAAGGGCCUCAGCAAAAUCCCUGCUUAUAGCUCGUUUGAGGUUGAAGGUUUUUCCAUGAAUUCUGUGGGAAAUCAAAUUUCUAUGCAACGGUAAGGAUAUGCAGCCAUGGGAAUACUGAACUGGAGUAGUUCAGCUCAAGCUUGAUGAUGAUGUCUAUGUCCUCUUAUUGGGCAUUUAUGCCAUGAGAGGGAAGUAAAAUGAUGCAAGGACACAGAUAGAUCAUAGCGCAUGUAACUUGAUACCGAGGAAGAAAAGCAGGAACUGGGGUCAUCAUCAUGAGAAGUUGUUGGCAUUGCUGAUCAGCUAAUUGACGAUAAUUCAGCAAAGCAAUCGGAAUUAAAGAAAAUCUAAAGCUAUCUUAAUUAUUGGGCUGUAACCUUGAUUGGUGCGGCCUCGAAUG